GUUUGACCAUAAACUAUUUUACAAUGGAUACGUACCCCACGGAUGACUCUUGGUCGGCUGUCGGUGACUCGCUCGUCGAUCCUGGUCUUGUUAUGCUAACGACCGGCGAACCCUUUAAUUGUCAGACUCCCGAGGCGUUGGAGCCUUGUGUAAAUGGUUUCAGAGACAGUGACCCGGCGUUAAAUCGCAUAACUACUUCUUUUGAUCCAUGGUUACCUGAUCACCCAAUACAUGUAGAAGUAUGCGUAUCGCAAUUCAACACGGAAAUUUCCUCUACUAUCGAAUCCCAUGUGGUCGACUUUCUUCGCUCAUUAGGUCCUCGUCACGUACCCACCAUAUUAAAUAACCACGAAAACCAUUUCACCCUCGUAAACUCAGAAGGUACGAGCCAGCAAACCUGUGAUUUCCUGCAACGCUGUGUUCAUUCAGUUAGCUUGUUGCUGGAUGAAGCCGAUGGUUCGAACGGUUAUGACGCCAGUCGGUCUGUGGACCUAAGAACCACGCCCCUCGUGGUGCAUGUAUACCAACUUGUCUCUGGGGACGAGGCCCUUCCGGUGCACGAGAAAAUCGAAGUGGGCUCCGAGGUCAUCAAUGGUGGCACUGUCUGGCUCCUCCCGUCGAUGGAGAUGCAAGGUAUAUGGGAGUCCCUUAUAUUCGAUUCCGACAUCAAAUUGGAUCUGCUGAGUUAUGCCGAAACUGCACUGUUGUUUGCAGACAAGCAGGUUUCCUCCUCAAUUAUAUCGUGGAAUCGUGUGGUACUUUUGUAUGGUCCUCCUGGAACUGGAAAGACUUCGUUAUGUCGUGCGUUGUCCAAUAAGUUGGCCAUCCGCCUGGCUGAUCGUUACUCUUCCACCAAGUUGAUCGAACUGAACGCGAUGAAUCUUAUGUCCAAAUGGUUCUCUGAAAGCGCUAGGCUGGUCGCUCGCAUGUUCGACGCUAUCCGAGAGUAUCUCGAAUCUGCGGAUCAUCUUGUCUGCUUGCUAGUUGACGAGGUGGAGAGUUUGACCGCCGUGCGCAACUCGGCUAUGUCUGGCUGCGAACCGAGCGAUGCCAUUCGAGUAGUCAAUGCGGUGUUGACCCAGAUCGACCAGAUCAAACGCUAUCCAAAUGUCCUCGUGUUGGCCACCUCUAACGUGACCGGUGUCAUUGAUCCGGCGUUUCUGGACCGCGCCGAUAUCCGGCUCUUCAUUGGUCCUCCUUCCGCUCCGGCCAUCUACACCAUUUACCGGUCCUGUCUGACCGAAUUGAUUCGUGUUGGACUUUUAGAGGCCGGUGAAGACAAGCUUCUCAGCUACGGCGCGUUAUCCGCAAUGCGUUUCUCGGAAAAUAAGCUAAAUGCAAUGAGCCUAGCGCUUUGGCGAUUGGCUGAGCGUAGCGUCGGCUUGAAUGGGCGAACAUUGCGCAAAAUGCCUCUGUUGGCUCAUGCGUUCCAUCUGAAUAGAGUCCACCCCACUCUCCGCCACAAUCUCUCCUUUAGUGGUCGUGUCCACAUGCCCACAUGUCAGUCCACGGCCGCACUCCAAUCCGGUCCGAUGUAUUCCGUGCAUUCGUCCAGCACUCAGUUUGGCCGACCUCGUCCCACCGUCACCCUGGCAACAUUUCUUCAGGCUUUGCGGCUGACACUGGAUAGUCAGUUCGCAGAGUUAGAAGCCUUAGAUCUGGCUUCAACAAGCAAGGAACGACUGCGGGUUGCUAAGGAUAAUCUGUCAUCCGUUCACGCCACUGGGGACCAGUGAUUCACGCUUCCCCACCGAAGUGCAUUCAUCCUUCCUUCUCAUUAUCUUUACAGUUUUGUUAAUCCUGAACAACGUCUCAGGGAUUUGCCGCUUUGUACAUUGUUUUGUUUAGUAAAAUUUCCGCUUGUUGCAUUAUACAUGCUGCUUUUCAUCGAACCAAUUGCUUUCUCUAAUUCACCGCCUUGUUGUUGGAUUCCGUGUGACCGAGGUAUGUUUGCACCCGCGAGAUUCGGCUGAAGUUAUACUCUUUUUCUAACUUUCCUACUUGUACGGUGACUUGACCUUGAAGAAAUCGGUUUAUCCGUGGCAAAGAAUAGCUUUUUAACUGCACAUUUACCUUUAUUUAUCACUGUGAAUACCACUUUCUGUCUCCACGUUUACAUGCUGCUUUACAAUUCCGUUUGUUUGGCUUCAUCGCUUGACACUUGGACGUUCUCUAUGAACUGAUUAUCUUCUUUGGAAGCGACGGAUUCAGCAGCACUUCCAGC